AUGUCGGAUCCAUUCGACAGAAUCAUGGGGGACAUGAGCAGUGGUCAGGCGUCCCGCAGUACCAGCUCCUCUCGUAUUCCGAAGAGAGAUCAUCGUCACUCGCCGGAAAAAGAUGCGCCGUCUUCGAAAAGAAGCAAUCCUGGAUUCACUACACCAUCUUCAACUACCAGGAUCGGUCGUGAUUCCUUUGCUGUCAUGGACACUUUGGAUGUUCAAAUGAACAUGUUCGUUUUGAACCUUUCAAAAAUGCCACAAAAGAUCCAGCGCAUCCAUGUCGACACUUUGAUGCUCUGCAGUAACGGCAAAGAAAUCAAUUUGAAUCUCGGAGUGGUAGCUGUUGGCGGAGAUGUCAAUUCGCACAAUCGUCGUCUCGCUCAACACCAUAUCAUGAGAAAGUUCCAUGAGAAAAAACGUCACCUCUUCAGCAACCAGUCGUAUCACGUGAUGGCAUAUGACAGUGCAGCAGCACUAUAUGUUCCAGCUGGCGUGUACACUGGAUCAGAUGAAGAAGAAGCUUCGUUCUCCAAAGAAGAUUUUUCCUCUGAAGACUGGGCGCUCGUAUCCAAAGUCAGCCGCAGAAAGGACGACAAGUUUCUCGUCAGACUGAAACCAGCAGGAUUUGUUGAGACGCAAGGAGUCGAUGCAUUGGAAGCAUCAAACCGUAUGGAGUUGACAAGAUGCGUGGAGAUUGUCACUUCCCAGAAGUUGAACAACAACGAGUUCUACCAAUUCGGAAAUGCCACGUUCCCACUUCGCGAUUCACCCAAUUCUGAGCCGGAUGGAACAUCUGAAAUCCGUUCAGGAUUUGCUAAGGUCGCUCGUUUGGUGGAAGGCCGAAAGGGUACCAACGAGAUGUUGAUGACAAUUGACACCAAGCUCUCACCGUUCUACAAAAACACUUCGGUUCUGAAGUUUGUCAUUAACAAGUAUGCAGAGUUUAGAGGAGUAGGUGGCGGUGGAUAUGGAGGAGGCGGUCGUGGAGGAUACGGUGGAGGCGGAAGAGGAGGUUAUGGUGGUGGCCGAAACGACUCGAGAGACUCCCGUGGAAGCUACGGAGGUAGAAGCGAUUCAAGAGAUUCUCGUGGAGGAUAUGGAAGAAGUGAAUCCCGUGAUAGCUAUGGAGGUCGCGAUGAAAGCAGAGGAAGGCGCGAUUCGUAUGACUCCCGUCGAAGUGGUGGCGAUUCGAGUGGACCUGAUUACAACGCUCAGGAAGUUGCUGAAGUAGAGAAAGCGGUUAGAGAUAACAAGAAUCUCGUAAAGACUUUCGAGCAGGCUCUUAAAGGUCUUUUCGUAGAGGCUACCCACUUGAGUGGUAGUUCGAAAAUUAUCCGUGUCGCAGGAGUUUCAGAAGCUUCUGCCGAAAGCUCGUAUUUCACCCAAAAGGACGACAAAGGAGAAAUCAGUGUGGCGGAGUACUUCUACAAGGAGCACAACAUCAAACUCAAAUUUCCUCAUAUGCCAAUGAUUAUCAUGAAACGCUUCAAACACGAGUGUUUCUUCCCGAUGGAAGUUCUUCGCAUCUUGCCAGGACAGCGCAUCAAAGUUCACAAGAUGUCUGCAACUGUUCAGUCGGCUAUGACUGGACGCAAUGCUUCGAUGCCACAACAACAUGUGGACAUUGUACAAAAGAUUCUCUCCCAUUCAUUGAAGCUCGAGAAAAACUUGUAUAUGGACGCCUUCGGAAUCGAGUUGGAAUCCACAAAGCCAGUUCAGUUGAAGGCCAAGCUUCUGCCACCAGCCCAAAUCAAGUUCAAGAACGCAGUCUACAUGCCAGAUAUGGGUCGUCCAGCUUUCCGCAAUCCUGGAAGUUUCAUCGAACCUGCUCAUAUUCACAGAGUCGCUAUUGUCUCUUUCGAUAGAGCCAUCGAUAUGAGACAAGCAGAAGACUUCUGCGAUAGACUGUACGAUUACUGCCGUGACAACGGUAUCAAAGUGGACAAAGAUUCUAAAGAUUGGUCCAUUCGUGAAAUGAACUCUGGAGAUAACGUUGCCAUCAAGGAAGCCAUGGAGGACUGGAUGAAGAAAGGUGUCAGCAUUUUUGUUGGAAUCGCCAGAGAUAAGAAACCAGAUGUCCAUGAUGUAUUGAAAUACUACGAGGAAUCUGUCGGUAUGCAGACCAUUCAACUCUGUAAGCAGACUGUGGACAAGAUGAUGAAUCCGCAAGGAGGACGUCAGACGAUCGAGAACGUCAUGAGAAAGUUUAAUCUCAAGUGUGGCGGAACUAACUUCCAUGUCGAAGUUCCAAACUCCAUUCGUGGAAAGUGUGUUUGUGCCAAUACGGAGACUAUGAACAAGAAGUUGCUCGAACAAGUUCAGUUUAUCGGAUUCGAAAUUUCACACGGAGCCGCUCGCACUCUCUACGACCGUUCUCGUAACCAAAUGGACGGAGAACCAUCAAUCGUCGGUGUCUCCUACUCGUUGACCAACUCGACACAACUCGGAGGUUUCAGCUACAUGCAGACCCAAAGAGAAUACAAACUGCAAAAGCUCGAUGAAGUAUUCCCAAAUUGUGUCCGUGCUUACAAGGAACACGCAAAGAAGCUCCCUUCGAGAAUCGUCAUUUAUCGUGUCGGUGCUGGCGAAGGCGACUUCAAGAGAAUCAAAGAAGAAAUUGAGGAGAUUCGCUCAACUUUCGCCAAAAUCGAUCAUGGAUACAGCCCACAACUCGUUGUUCUCGUCGCUCAGAGAGCUUCCCAUGCUCGUGUGUUCCCAUCAAGAAUCCAAGGACAUAAGGCUUUCGAACAAAAUGUUCCGUCCGGAACUUGUAUUGACAAUGUUGUCACUUCCUUCGGAUACGAGGAGUUCAUCUUGAGUUCCCAAACUCCAUUGAUCGGAACUGUUCGCCCAUGCAAAUACACAAUUCUUGCCAAUGAUCCAAACUGGAGCAAGAACGAGUUGAUUCACCUCACUUACUUCCGUGCUUUCGGACAUCAAGUCUCGUACCAACCACCAUCGGUACCAGAUGUUCUUUACGCAGCUGAGAAUCUGGCAAAGAGAGGAAAGAACAACUACAAAGUUCAUCAACGCUAUGUAAGCUUACAAGCCAUCGAAAGACGCGUCAUCGCUGAACAUCCGGAUUUCGUCAACGAGGAGAUGCGUGAGCAAUUGGCUUCAGCCAUCGUCGACGAGAUGUCUGUGGCUAUGAACGGAAUGACUAUUGCCAAGAGAAACUUCUGGGCAUAA